AUGUCCAAGAUGGCCGUCAUCCACCCCCUGGUCGCGCGUGAGGCUUCUCCGGAACACCAUGUGGAUAGGUCGAUGCAGACAUGGAACAACGCCACACAAUCGCUCUGCAUCAUCUUCAUGUCUAUCUUUUUUGGUCUCCGAGUUUAUACCCGUACUUUAUUACUGCGGAAUUGGGGACAAGAGGACUGGUGCUGCUUGGCCGCAUGGUUUCUUGGUGUCUCAUAUUCUGCAAUUGCCUUGGCCAUGGGCCAUUUCGGCGGUGGCGUGCACUGGGGUGAUGUCCCUGAGGAACACCAUAUUCCGUUUCAAAAGCUCACAUACGUAACGAUGGUCAUGUACGGGCCUACCGCGUUUCUCACCAAAAUGACCCUGCUGUGGAUCAUGACCAGGGUGUUCAGUCCGUUCAAGAAAUCGGUCAUCUUCAUAUAUGUCUUCCUCGUCCUGAUGCUCCUCUACUACAUCCCCGCCGUCAUCGUCAAGAUUCGCAUCUGUAUGCCAAUCGCGAAGUUCUGGGAGCAAGACCUGCCCGGAUCCUGCCUUGACCAAAAUGCCAUCAUCAUGGCCGACGCCGUCGUCAGCGUCGUCAGCGACCUGAUCGUUCUAAUCGUGCCUCUUCCCCUGACAAUGCGACUGCAACUACCGCACAAGAAGAAGAUGAGAGUGAUGGGCAUGCUAGGAGCGGGAGGUCUUGCUUGUGCCUCGAGUGUCAUUCGUCUGAUUCUUAUCAAGGAGACGGGCAAUUCAAAGGAUGCCACCAUUGCUUUCAUGCGCGUCAACAUGUUUGGAAACGCCGAGAUUGCCAUUGGGGUUAUCUGUGCAUGUCUGCCCGCACUGUCGGCGUUGAUCACACAGAAAUACAACGAAUACAGCAGCGGGAGAUACAACAGCCACAACUCAGAGUACCACCUCAGCAAAGUGCGGAACCCGACCAAGAGCAGUCGUGUCGAACGCAGCAACAACAUGAGUGCUGUGGAACACGAGUCAGACAAGGACAUCCUGAUGACGAACGUGCAAGCCAUGCCCCGGAUCGAGACCACCAUCCAGGGCGACUACAACCGACGCGGUCAACAGCAGCAGGGUAUCAUGAGGACGGUGGAUGUGUCGACGUCGGUGGCCUCGCGCGACUCAUAA